UGGGCAACGCUAACUAAUAUAAUGUAACGCAGCGUCACAGAUGGAAAUUAAUAUUAUAAGCGAACAGUUAUCUUAACUCUCACUAUAAUCAAAUCAACAGAAAAGAGAAGCAUUAGUAUUGAACGCUAUUAUAAGGUGUAUGGAUACAUAUAAGAGUCAACAAACCUAAUAAAUAAUGGAGAGGGAUUCGCACAAUUCUGUCGUCUUCAACGCUUCAAAAAGAGAACUUUUUACCACGAACAAUGGAUACAAAUCCAUGCAGAAGAGAUUACGGGCUCAAUGGAAAAUCCAGAGUAUGAAAGAAGAGCUGUCUGUGGAGAAGCUGAAAAAUGUGAAGUUGUGGAUAACGGCAGGCCCAAGGGAAAAGUUCACAGCAUCAGAGCUUGAGGUUAUCAAGCACUACCUGGAUGGAGGAGGAAACGUGCUGGUCAUGCUCGGUGAAGGAGGAGAAAUUAAAUAUGACACCAACAUCAACUUUCUCCUGGAGGAGUUUGGAAUAAUGGUUAACAAUGAUGCUGUUGUGAGGAAUGUGUAUUACAAAUACUUUCAUCCUAAGGAGGCACUCGUGUCCAAUGGUGUAUUGAACAGAGAGAUCAGUCGGGCUGCUGGCAAAGUGGUCACAGGAAUGAUUGAAGAUGAAAAUGUUGGAAAUAAUGCCCAGGCUCUCACAUUUGUGUAUCCAUAUGGUGCCACGUUGAGUGUGAUGAAGCCUGCUGUGGCCGUUCUUUCAACUGGCUCAGUCUGCUUCCCCCUCAACAGGCCUGUCCUGGCCUUCUAUCAAGGAAAGGAGGCAGGCAAACUGGUUGUGCUGGGUUCCUGUCACAUGUUCAGUGACCAGUACAUAGACAAAGAAGAGAACAGUAAAAUCAUGGAUGUCGUGCUCCAGUGGCUCAUGACUGAUAAUAUUCAGCUGAACCAGAUUGAUGCAGAGGACCCAGAGAUAACAGAUUACAACAUGUUGCCAGACACAGGGUGCUUGUCAGAACAGCUCAGAGUGUGCUUACAAGAGGGUGACGAAAACCCCAGGGACUUCACCUCCCUCUUUGAUAUGUCUUUGUUCAAUUUGUCAACCGACACUUUACCUCAAGUCAUCAGUGCUUACAAGCAGCUUAAUGUCAAAGACGAGCCACUGCAGCUGAUCACACCACAGUUUGAGACCCCGCUGCCUCAGCUUCAACCUGCUGUCUUUCCACCUGCCUUAAGUGAUUUACCUCCACCCAUGCUGGAUCUGUUUGAUCUAGAUGAAACAUUCUCUUCUGAGAAAGUGCGCCUAGCACAGCUCACUAAUAAAUGUACAGAUGACGAUCUCGAAUUCUAUGUGCGGAAAUGUGGUGAAAUUCUGGGCGUGACUCCAAAGUUGGAUAAGGAUCAGAGGGACGCCAAGCACAUCUUGGAACACAUUUUCUUCCAGGUUGUAGAGUUCAAGAAACUCAAUCAGGAGCAUGACAUCGACACUGAGGCACAAUUCACGCCAUUGUGAUUGGAUUCAAGAAACUUAAAAACUUUCAACUGUCUUUUCAAUAUGCUAUACCAUGAUAAACAGGUGUGUAUAGUCUAGUAAUGGGGGUAAAGCGACUGCUACAGUAGUCAUGGACUUGGCAGUAUCAACAGGAUACUUGUGUUCAGAAACUGUAUAUGAAUUCAUUAGUCUUUUAUACCGCUUUUGUAUUUUAUUGUGGAAAAAAGGUCAUAUUGUAAAGAUACUUAUGCAAAUAAAGUCACUGACAUUUAUUUAAAUAUUAAAAAUCUUUAAAAACAUUGUAACAAGCAACUGAGCUCUCUGCAUGAGUCCUCACACAUGGAUCCUGUAAAAAAGAAAAAAUUGAAGAGCUACAACAUGGAUUUGCAAUGUUGCCAUGGCAUUCAAUGAUCAGUAUUAAAAACUGAACAGAGCAUCUUA